UCCUCCAGGACCUCACUGUGGGAGAGGAGAGGGAAAAAUGGGACUUUGGGAGGAAUUCCCUGCUCAGAGUGGCCUCACCCCAGCCCUGUGUCAUUCCAGGAGGAAUUCNGCUGCAGGAGGGCUGUGGCGCCGGUGACAGGUGACAGCGAUGGGGUAUGAUGUGGCUCGCUUCCAGGGGGACGUGGACGAGGACCUGAUCUGCCCCAUCUGCAGCGGCGUGCUGGAGGAGCCCGUGCAGGUACGGCACACCUGGGCACACCUGGGCACACCUGGGCACACCUGGGCAUCAGUCAUGGCUUGGACUCGCUGGGAAGGGGCUCAAAUUCCUCCAGGAGAGGUUCAGGAUAGACACCAGAAGGAAUUUUUCCAUGGAAAGGGUGAUCAUGCUCAGGGAGGUUUGGAGGAAGAGAAAGAAAAUCCCCAUUUACUCCCAGAAUUCUCCCCUAAUCUGGCUCUCAGUAUCUCCCACACCUGGAUUAGCUCAGGAAAGUGUAAAUUCCUCCUAAUUUGGAGUCUCCAAUUUUUUCCCAGCUUGGAGAUGCCCAAGGACGAGCUGCCCAACCACAACUGCAUCAAGCACCUGCGUUCAGUGGUGCAGCAGCAGCAGACCCGGAUUGCUGAGCUGGAGAAAACCUCAGCUGAGCACAAGCACCAGCUGGCUGAGCAGAAAAGGGACAUCCAGCUGCUCAAGGCCUACAUGCGGGCGAUCCGCAGCGUCAACCCCAACCUGCAGAACCUGGAGGAGACCAUCGAGUACAACGAGAUCCUCGAGUGAGUGCUGCUGGGGCUGGGGCCUGCAGGGAAAACUGGCAAUUUCUGAGGGAAAACUGGCAA